CUCGCGAGAGGACAAGGCCGCGCGGCUCUCGUGCGCUGUUUCCGCUGUAAAUUUUCACAUUCCCGCCAUCGCCGUGCGCCGCACUGUCAACAACGCAUGCCGGCUACGCGGACACCCAUCCCUGCGCGUAUCACGGAAGAGCUGGGUUCCCCUUCUAAAGUCCACGAAGUACCCCGUUUACUUUCCUAAAUUCAGUUCUGUCGCCAAACCCAGGACUGGAAACAUUUCAUUGUGACAACCACCCAUGGCCAGCACAGUGCCCAAGCUUCCCUCUGGUGGUGCCGUUCGCAUCCGUAUCAACAGCUUGGAGCAGGGAACCACGAAGUGGAAAGAGGGCAGCUUCGAGAUUCACGAGAAGGAAAGCAAAGUCAACCUUUGUUUGAAGUUCAACAGUGGGGGUGCUCCCAAAAUCUUCCAGCUAAACCAAAAUGUGAAGAGUGUGGUGUUGGGUCCCAUGCAGAAUCAGAUUCGAAUCGUGGUUAACCUAAAGGACUCAAGUGCUGUCUCCUUCGACAAAGUCCCUCUUGCAUUGGCUCAGAAAUUAAAGGAGUACCUGGAGAAACUAAAGCAGGGUAAAUCUACAGUCCUAAAGACAACCCAGGCGAGUGUGAGUUUCGGUAGUGUUCUGGGAAACCGCUCAAUUAAGAAUGACUCCAGCCAACACUUACCAUCCAUGGACAGACAGGCCACACCAAGACGAGCGAGCCUGGAGAAUCGAGAGGAGGGUACCCUUCGCAAGCCCCUGGGCAGCCCCAGCCGCGCAACAGCUGCGCCCAUCCGGAGUGGGCUUUCGGAGAACAGGAGCGAGAAAAGGAAAAGAUUAAUGACACCUGAGAGCGACAUGAACGAGGACUAUCCCAAGGAGAACGACUCCUCUAGCAAUAACAAGGCCACCUCAGAUCCCUCCCGAAAAUUCCUCCUCAGCUGCAAAGAGAAACUGAAGCAGUCUGAAGAGAACAGGAGCUCAGGUCCAGCACCGCUUCAGCCUUCGUCCUUUUACAGCAGCCGCUCGGUGACAAAAGAAUAUUCACAGAGCCACUCUUACCUGGACAGGUCAGCCAGUGCUAGCCAGUCUCCCUCCUCUAAGAGAAGCCUGGUGUUCCCCAGUCACUCAACCCCCUUUAAGAAAGUGCGCCCCACUGUGGACUACACUGGAUGGAACAAGCCAAAACCCUCUUUCCUGACUCCAACACAGGCCCCACUACAGGGAUUCUCCAACCUGGGCAACACCUGCUACAUGAAUGCUAUUCUCCAGUCCCUCUUCAGCCUGCCGUCCUUUUCUAAUGACCUGCUCAAGCAGGGCAUCCCUUGGAAGAAGGUUCCAGCAAAUGCAUUACUCAGGCGAUUUGCACACCUUCUGGCCAAGAAGGACAUCUGCAGCCCAGAGCUAAAGAAAGACCUAUUGAGAAGGGUCAAGAGCUCCAUCUCCUCCACGGCAGAGCGCUUCUCUGGAUACACACAGAACGACGCCCACGAGUUUCUGAGCCAGUGUUUGGAUCAGCUGAAGGAGGACGUGGAAAAAAUGAACAAGAGCUGGAAGAAUGAGCCCCACUCAUGGGAGGACCCCCAGGCGGGGCGGCCUGGGCAGGAGGUGGAGGCCUCUCGUGUUUACACCUGUCCCGUGGGUGCUAAUAUGGAAUUUGAAGUACAGCACACUAUUACCUGUAAAGGGUGUGGGGAGGUUGUCACCAAGAGGGAGCAGUUCAACGACCUCUCCAUCGACCUGCCCCGGAGGAAGAAGACCAUGCCUUUGCGGUCCAUGCAGGACUCCCUGGAUCUCUUCUUCAGGAUGGAGGAAAUCGAGUACUCGUGCGAGAAGUGCUCUGGAAAAUCAGCCACCGUCACUCACAAGUUCAGCAAACUGCCCAGGGUACUGAUCCUUCACCUGAAGCGGUACAGUUACAACGCUCAGCUGUCCCUCAACAGCAAGCUAGGCCAGCAGGUCCUGAUACCCCGAUACCUCACCCUGCUGUCCCACUGCACAGAUGCCACACGGCCUCCCCUCGGCCUGGGCUGGAGUGCGCACACAGCCAUGUCUCGAACACUCAAGUCCUCUCAGUCUGUGAACUCCCCUUCCGUGUCACUGCGAAAAGGCCCGGUGAAGUCCAGCACUUGCAGCAGCCUCCUUUUAGACUCCGACAGCGAGGAGGAACUGACCCGAAAGACCGUGUGCCGGCGACGUAGGCUGAGUGAUUCUCUUGCUGACGAGGAGCGGAGCGAGAAGGUUCCACGGGCCACGCAGCCGGAGCCUCUGGACUACAACGCUAUCAACGACGACGAGAUGCUAGCGGCAGUACUGGAGAUGAGCCGGCAGGAUGCUGCGCUUUCCGGGCCUCCGGACGACGAGCCCACCAGCAGUCCUGACACGGGCUUCGGGGACACCGACGGCCAGGACCUCAGCCAUCGCCCGGAUCCCCUCGAUGCAGACAAGCCAUCAACAGAUGUUUUGGAGUCUCUGGACCUGACGAAGGACCUGGACGAGAACAAGGAGAACCAGACUCCGGAUGGGCUACAGGGCGAGCUGGACUGGGCACAGCAGUACAGUCUCGACCAGGAGCGGGAAGAACAGGAACUGCAACAAGCGCUGGCCCAGAGUCUGCAGGAGCAUGAGGCUCGUGAAAUGAAGGAGGACGAUGAUCUGAAGAGAGCCACUGAGCUCAGCCUGCAAGAAUUCAACAACUCUUUACCUGAGCUCUUGUGCUCCGACGAGGACUCUGGGAACGAGGAUGUCUUUGAUAUGGAGUAUAGUGAAGCUGAAGCAGAAGACCUGAAGAGAAAUGCAGAGAAUGGAGAGCUGGCCAACUCAUUCAGACUCAUCAGUGUGGUCAGUCACAUUGGCAGCAGCUCGUCAUCCGGGCAUUACAUCAGCGACAUCUACGACAUAAAGAAGCAGUCAUGGCUGACGUACAACGACCUUGACGUGUCACGCACGCAGGAGUCUAUGGUGCAGAGAGACAGGGACAGGAGCGGCUACAUCUUUUUCUACAUGCACAAGGACGUGUUCGAGGAGCUGUCAGAGCUGGAGAGGAGUGGGGCGGUUGUCGAGGCUGGGAGGACCGUCCUGCAGCCCCUCUGAGGGAGAGGCUGCUGGACUCGACACGCACCCUUCCACACCCAGGUGGGGGAUGGGCCCCUGCUAUGAACGGAUGUGUAGAGUUCGGGGUAACGGUGAAACGUCCUUCUAAUACUACUGAUCACCAAACCCUUUGCCUCCCUCCAAGCACUUUCUGCCUCCUAAAUAAAAUGUUAUGCCUGCUUGCAUUACUGUAGCAGGUUGUUCUGUGGGACUCUCAAUUUUUUUUUUUCCUCCUUUAGACCCCUAAGCACUCGGCCACAUAACAAAAUGUGGAUUUUUAUUUUUAAUAGAAAUUUUACAUUUGCUUGAAUUUAAUGAGCCAAACCUUUCCCCUCAGUGAAAUACAUUAAAUUUAGUUCCUCUAAAAUGCAAUGCAAUAAAACGGACCGCCUUGACCUGCAGUGGACAAUCUGUCCAUUAGCACCUCCCUGUCAAUUUCACCAUUCUUGUGAAAGAUUUUCCCCCCUGUAUACAUUAAAGAACGGGGUCAUUUUUAAGUUCUGUUGUUUUGAUUAUAUGCAGCCUGAAGAGGUGCAAUAUUUAUGGAGUAAUUUGCCACUUGGCUUUUAUUUGUUUUACGUUUUUCAAUUCGAGUUGGGUAUGGGCAGGAUUCAGUAAUUUGUAAGGUCUUUGUGUGGCAUUUUUGUUUUUGUUUCUUACUGUUUUAUUCAUGUUUCUAAACCUUUUUGAAGAUGCCUGAUGAGGUAGCUUUCCUGCUUACUCCUAGGGGUUGAUUAUUUCCUCGUUGCCCCCACUGGAUGCCCUGGUGCCUUUCACUCUUAGCCCCUACAUAAAGUAUGAGUAGUUUACUUUUUCCCUGAUUCUCUCAGCAUUACUUCAAAGGUUGCACAGCCGAAUCGGUUAGAAUGUAUCCUUCAAACCUCAGAAAGCAACUUUACAUGUAAAGAGACAGAGAAAUCUACAGAUUUAUUUAUUGUAGAGUAAGUCCUCGUUUGGCUUUUGUGUUUGCCGCCCUGCUUGCACUGAGCGUCAGGAGUUGUGCUGCCAGGCCAGCCGUGCUGCACACACAGCUGCAGACGCUGUGCGGCUGUGUACAGACCUAGGCCCCCAUUGCUUGCCAAGCAUCCAGUAAUUGACUCUUAAAGCGAAUUUUAAAAUAAAAUAACUUUGGAAAACUUUAA